ACUGUAUUAUUUCCGUUUUAUUCAAUAUUUCAUCCGCUAUAGUACAUAUUAUCAUGUACUGUAUUUUAAAUGCAAACUUUAAUCAAUUCUUAAGCAUUGUUAUACUAUACGUAUAAUUCAUACAGUGAUACGUAAUCAUGCACGAUUAAAUUUUGAAGGAACUUUGUUAUUAAUGUUAUAUUACAUGCAUAAAUAUAUUUUUCUGUCAUACGCUCUUAUUAAUCUUAUUGUUGUCGCAAGAAUCUACAUCUGAGCGUAAUUAGAAUAUAAAAUACGGAACGUGGAAUCCUGCACUUUGAGACUAACCCGAGACAACCUCUGAACGAAGAAGUGUUACGAAUUAACCUAUAAUCCAGUCUAAUUUAAUCUAACGCGAACAGUACAUCUAUAGGUGUUUUGUCAUAUGUAAAGUACCCGUGGGGAACUGAAAGAACGUGAAACUUCUAGGGCUAUAUUUAGCUCUACGUGAAAUGCAAUUAUUUGUUGCGUGUAUUAUCAGUUGAACGAUAACCUCGACGGUCGUACAAUGACUACUGGAAAACGAAGACCGCUGCACCCAGGGACGUCGGGGACUGCGGGUUCCUCAGGCUUGUCGGGUAGUAGCUUCAGGACGAGCCGAUUGAAUUUCCGACCAAAUUCUAGUCAAGAAGACCGAGGUGGUACUAGACCUACUGCAGCACCAAGUUCCAUCGGUCUGGUCCUUGUCACUAUGUUCAUUCAUGUCUGCAAAAAGUCACUGCUUUUCGAUACCAAACUCAAAGUGGCAAUAUACUGUGGAGCAAUCUUCAUUGUCUCACUCGUAGCAGAUUUUGUGACAAUGCCAAGAACGUACUUCUCAAGGUCUGACAAUGUACUUAACCAAUAUUUUGUCAAGUGGGGCUGGAGCUGGUUACUGUCAAUAACUGUACCUUGGGUUGCUCUCACAGCCUACACACUUGGCUGUGGACGAAGAUCAAUCCUUAUAAAGAAUCUAGCACGCUUGGUAUUAGCUACAGUAGCUUGGAUUCUCUGGAUACGAAUCUUUCAGUACGUAGAAACAAAUUAUGGACGUUGUCUGAAUACUAAGGACAUUCAACUUCAGUCAAAGACCAAGUGUUUGCAAGCUGGCAAAUUUUGGAGUGGUUUUGAUGUAUCAGGACAUGCAUUUAUCCUAAUAUACUCCAGUCUGAUUUUAGCAGAAGAGGGCUCAUCCUUGCUAGGAUGGGAGGGUAUAAAGGAUUUAGUAAUGCGUGAAGAACACGCACGUUCUGCUCCUAGUGAGUUUAGCACAGGACCACUUCGUAAUCUAGCUGACACUGAUCUGGCCUUUUUGAAAAAGGCACACGAAGCACUGACACCUUAUCUGAGAGGCCUCUUCAUCGCUAUGACAUUGCAGCAACUUCUCUGGGAUGUUAUGUUAGUAUCAACUAUGCUUUAUUAUCACAUAAUGAUCGAGAAGUUCCUUGGUGGAAUCGCUGCUAUUCUCACUUGGUACGUUACAUAUCGCUGGUUGUUCAAAUUACCAAAAGUCGGCUUACCUGCACCAGGUGAUGGUCUUUUCAAGUACAACGAGGUAAAGAGUACACACGACACAAGUGCUGCACGAUCAAGGCGCAGUACACUUAAUGGUACGACACCUAGAUUUAUGGGAAUGCCAAUUCGUACAACACAAGAGGCACCUGAUGCAUCGGUACAAAACAGACAAAUGGAAUAAUUAACAAACAAUCUUUUCGGUUCUUCCAUAAGACGUCCCAUCUUUAAUGCUGUACCUACGAAAUUAUCUAGUUUUCAAAAAUGAAUAUCACAUUUGAAAAUAUUGGGUGCUUUGCCAUUUUCAUACGUACUGCAGAACACGCGUGAAGAAUCAUUUCUAUUGCAUCUGUCAA